GCGGCUGUUGGCGUGCGGCAGCGAGCGGCAGCGGGCGGGCGGCGGGGCCGCGCCCGGCGAUGAGGCACGAAGCGCCCAUGCAGAUGGCAUCCGUUCAAGAUUCCAGAUAUGGCCAGAAAGAUACAUCUGACCAGAACUUUGACUACAUGUUCAAACUGCUCAUUAUCGGCAACAGCAGUGUUGGAAAAACCUCCUUUUUGUUCCGAUACGCUGAUGAUUCCUUUACAUCUGCAUUUGUAAGCACGGUUGGGAUCGAUUUCAAAGUAAAAACCGUUUUCAAAAAUGAAAAAAGAAUUAAGCUACAGAUUUGGGACACAGCAGGCCAGGAGAGGUACAGAACAAUUACCACAGCUUACUACCGGGGUGCAAUGGGCUUCAUUUUAAUGUAUGACAUCACAAAUGAAGACUCUUUCAAUGCUGUGCAGGAUUGGUCAACUCAAAUCAAAACGUACUCUUGGGAUAAUGCCCAGGUUAUUUUGGUUGGCAACAAAUGUGACAUGGAGGAUGAACGGGUAGUCUUCACUGAGAGGGGAAAACAUUUAGCAGAGCAACUUGGAUUUGAAUUUUUUGAAACAAGUGCCAAGGAAAACAUUAAUGUCAAGCAGACGUUUGAGCGACUUGUGGAUAUCAUCUGUGACAAAAUGUCAGAAAGUCUGGAGACGAAUCCCACCAUUGCUGCCAGCAACCAGAACACACAGCUAAAGGACACCCCUCCUCCACAGCAGCCCAACUGCAGCUGCUAAUGCAGCUAUCAGCAAAGGCAGCUCCAGUGUGUUCUAUUGCCAACAGAGUAUUUAUGAAUGGUCUAUAUGCCUUUAUUUAUACUGUCUUAUUAAUUUAUUUGGAGAACAGUCUUGUUUUACAUCAGCUGUUCUAAUAUGCAUAUGGGGAUGGAGCAGUUUUUAGCCUAAAAGGAUGAUCCAUAUUUUAGAACCUGGCUUUUGCAUGCAGAGUGUAUAUUAAUUUCUCUUCUCUUUUUACUGUUUUGUGUCACACUUCAGCUGGUGCCAUGUCCUCAGACCAUGUUUGCCUAUAAUUGUCUCUCACUUCACUGGUUUCAAGUUAUAUAGUUGAAUUUUUAGGGUAGUGGUCAGGGUGUUUUGACUUAGCUUCCUGAUGCCACUUGUGUAUUUUCCUGACUGAAAAUGAAUUUAGAAGUAUUCCUGUAGUGAGCAAAUCCCUCAUUCUGCCAGAUCACUUGUACAAGGGACACUUCCUGAGCGCAUUGCCUUGUAAAAUCCACACUCACUAUGUUACACAUCCUGGCUGACUGAAAACUGCAGAAAUCAGAAGAAAGUUAGGUCCUGGGCCCAAAGCCAUCAAAAUUCUCAACUGUUCAUCAACAAUUUCCAACUGGAUGUGGAUAUUCAGUCCAGAGUCUCAGAGAUAUUAUGUACUUCGUCCUGUUUGGACAGCUAGUGUAUUUGCUUUUACAUAGGAGCUGCAUGUCUAGCUAAUAAUUUUCUGAAAUUAGAAUUAAUUUCUCAUUCCAUUAUUUUGGAGAUCCCAGCCUUACCUACCCCUGUCGUAGAAGGCUAUUUUGCUCUUUCCAUGUCUGCCUGCAUAAGACAUUAACCACACAGUCCUAUAUUAUGUCAGACAGAGCCAAAUCCAUUGUGUUUGGUUGUUCAUAGCCAAAAGCUGCCUUGUCACAUUUCUGUCAAACCUGCAUGCUUCAGUUUUCAGAAAUUUCAUCUCCCAUUCAGUCACUGAGAUAGCUACCACCACAGUGGCUAUAAAUGUCUGUAUUUUACUCACACCUAUUGCAGAAAUGCUGAUGGUGUCAGUGAACUGAAGUUUGACCUGAUUUUUUCUCCAUUUAUUUUGGCAAGAGAAUUAGGAUUUUUAAAACUUUAGGAAUGAUAAAAAAUUGUCAACAUUUCUAAUCUUAGACUGAAUACAUUGAAAAGAUCAGCAAAAAACUGUAAAGAUAGUAGAAUAAAGUACACAAACUCUUUUAUGGUCAAGUGUUAAAAUAGUUAUAUUUUACAGUUUUUACUCCUCUAGUAAUUGGUGGAAGUUUCUUACAUCUGUGUCCUGAAGUACUUUGCAAAACUACUUUACUUGCAUCAUAGUGACCUUUUGUAACUAAGCAGCAUAACUGAAGAAGCCCUGAUUAUUUAAUUUUUCCAAUUAGACAGAAUUUAAUAUAGGGCUGACAUUUUUUAAAUUGUCAGCAAUGGGAAAAAUCUGAAAAAUAAAAUAAAAGGAAGUAGCAUAUAGUACAUUGAAUGACUCACAACUGCAAAGAAAUCUUUCUUUACAGUUUAUGUUUUUUGAAGGUAACUUAUGUAACUCCUGAUACAUAACACACUAAGAUAGAUAGACACUAAGAGAAGAUGGCCACUUUAAAAAAAUUUAUUAAAUAAUUUAAAUGCACUUUGACACAAUAAAAGUUACUUCCAAACAAGGCAUAUAGACAUAUGUAAAAAGGAUAUGCCAGGAGGGUUCUACCUGGGCUGCCUAACUUAAAUUUAUCAAUGCUGUCUUCAGUCUGGGUUUUUAAACCAUGUCUGUCCUGUUAACUAGUUUAUUUAAGCAGUUUUCCCCCUAGUAGACAUGAAGACUGAUUUACCUCCAUGAAGAGAAAGCACCCUUCUUUUCAGAGUGGAGGACCAGCCAGGUGGAAGAGGUACAUGCUGUCCAAACAAUGAUCCUUUCUCUCUCUAGGGCGCUUUUUUCCCCCUCCCCGAUUUAAGACAGCGUGUUGCUAAGUGUGCUGAGAGAGUUUCCCUCGUACAUUUUCACACCCUAGGUGCCAGCUGAUUGGAAAAAACACAAGCAGUACAAAGUCGAGCAAGCUUCAUUUGAGAUGGCUGCUGGGCAGUUUUCCAUGUGUUUCUUGCUAUGUUAGUGACUCCUGGCCAAGAAGAAGGAGCAGGAAAGCCUUGAGACAGAAUUCAGCUUCAGCUCUCAAGUUCUUUAGAUGAGGUUGUAUUAUUAGUCUGAACCAUCUCAGGCAAGGAGGAGAGAGACAUAAUCAGGAUUUUGGGUAUAUCCUGAAUCAUGCAGCUUGGCAAGAAGUGCAAGUAUUCUUCUAGCUUUGCUCUGAGAUGUUUGAUGUAAAAUUGUCAUUUCCUGUGCACAGUGCAAGCAGGAAAAAAGACUUCAAGGUGUCCCUUACUGCAGUCACAUUUUGCUUGUAUCCGUUGCAAUGAAUUUAGACCCUCCCUGCCUGGCUAUGACCAUUUAGAAUUGGUGGUAGAAAUACAUUAUUAGCAUAUAUCUUUUCAAAAUAAUUGAGAGAUAGAUUAAAAGUUGUGUACGUUAAUUGUUAAUUGCUUUUCAUUUUGCAUCAGGAGUCUGGGCAGAAGAGUAACAGCAAAAUCUAAGGAGAACCUCUGCUUCAAGUUUCUGAGGCAGCUAACCUGCUAGGCCACCACACAUAUUUGGCCUUCUGCAUGAGAUGGAGUGGCUGGGGAAGCAGCUGUCAGAGUAGUGUUGUUCCUGAGAGUGCUUAAAUAUGUUAAAAGGAAAAAGCUUAUCUGAAACACAGCAGCAGAGAAUGAGUCUGUACCUAAAACCUCUUCAAAACUUUGUGCUAACACUCAGACAUUGUCAUGGCAUUCAGGUUGAUUAAUUUUUAAAAUGUUCAAAUAAAAUACUUGGAGUUUUUCAAGAUGAGACUAAAACCCUGGGAAAACCACUCAGCCCUCUCAGCUGACACUGUUUUGAGUAGAAGUUUGGAAAGGAUGGCCUGUUGUGGUCCCAUCAAACCAAAUUUAUCCUAUCAUGGCUUUCUCUGAAAUUGAAAAUGUGUGGAAGUUCAAGCAGGCUUUUUCUUUCCAAACUGGGUUACCUGCUGUGGGAAAAAGUAGGCUUUGAUUUUCCAUCACAGGUUGGCUUUUGCAGUCAUAUGCUUCACAGCAAUAUUGAGUUUUCUGCUAUACAUUUGGUCACAUUUAGAUCAUGAGCAUCAUGAUCUCAGUGCCUCUCUCAACUACAACUUAUCUUUUGUAGAGAAACAGUAAAGACAGAAAAGCUUUUGAGAAGUAACUUACCAUGCCUUCCUCAAAUAUUCCAAGAAUUCUGAGGGGACUAGCAGUGUUAGAAUUUUCAUUCUAUGUAAAAUUAUUCCUUGGCCUCCUAUGGGAUAGAAUAUCCAACAGCAGCCUAUGUCAAUCUGGUUCAGUUCCUCUUGACUUACAGGAGAGAACUGCAAUUUUCUUAAAUCCAGGUAGGCUGAACGUUUUUUAGGAACCUGUUGCAACUUGAUCAAGGGCCUAAUUUUAAACUAUCAAUGCCUUGUUCUUCACAUAUAUCAAGUACCAGGCUACAAAGCACUAUAUUUUGUGAUGGAAGAGGGGAGAGCUCAGAUGGAAACUGGGAUAGCAAAAACAAAACUACUUUCAGCCUCAUCACAAGUGAAAAAGUGAAAAAGUUCUUGCACGCCUUGCAUUGAUUUGUUGUACUUUCAACAUAGAAAUAAAACUGAAUGUUACAGCAAAUCAUUGGUCCAGCCAUAGAUACCCCCUUCAGCAGAGAUUUAUCCGGUUGGUGAGAUGCAGCAGUUAAUACACAGAGUAUUUUUAAUCUGAGAGAUGAGAUGCCUUUGGGCAGAGAAUCCUGAGCUACAUAGUGCCAGCUGAAGCUGAACUAAUACUACACAAUCCUUUUUCUGAGUUAUGAUCUAGACUAAAGCUUACAGCAGCAGGCUAAUCCUGUGCAUGGGCCAUGCACCAGCCUUAUCAUGCUCUGACAAUGUGCUGCUUUCUGCACCUUCAAGCUAGUUGGUCAGAAAAUCCCUUGGGAGCACCCGGGAACAUGGGGAUUGUGUGGUUCCUGCGGUGCCUCGGGCAGCAACCUGCCCAACAGCCAGCCAGCCCUGCUGGGCUGAACAUUCAGAUGCAUGUUUUUGAUUCUUUUAGGAGUCCAUGCUCACAAGUUACAAGUGCAACUGACUUAAUACUGUGUCUGUUAUUUUUGGUGGUGGUGGUUAGUUUAUUUAGACUUGUUCGUUUGGUGUUUUAAAUAAAUAUGAACUAGCCUAAUUUUCUGCCAGAAAAUACUCUUUCUCUCUGAACAGCUGUGUAAGUGACUCUAAGCUGGAAUUGUUUAUUCCUUUGUGCUUAUACUUAAUGCAACACCUAGGGAAAUUACCUGAGCAACGACAUCUAUAUGGCCUUUUUCAGAGCACCAGUUUGAAAGAUUAAAUUUUCUCCCCAGUCUGCUCAGCUCAGCUUUACCACCUGCAUCUUUAUUUUGGAAAUGAAGUGUUAUUUCAGGAUGCACAAAAUUUGCUGGAGUUUGAUCCUAACUUUGAGAAUGCAUUAAAUUUGCGAUUUUUGGGAGGGAAAAAAAGUAGCAAAAAUUCUACAUUUGGUGGUUAUGCAUUUGUUUCUUUGGAGCAGACAAAUGAUGUUGGAAUUGCAUUCCAAGAGAAACCCCCUUACAAACUCCACCCCUCCCAAGCUACUAUUUUCUAUAUUUCUUUUUUAGAAAAGUAAGUUUUAUUUUUUACAUUUUUACAGUCAUCAACUAAAUUUCAGUUCUGAUAACAACCUGAUUCCUCCUUGGCCUGUUUCAUAUAGACUCACGAUGUAUAAGCCUAGUUCUUUAGCAUGACAGAUUUAGCAAUGUGGGACCAUGA